AUGCUGUCCAGAGGUAACCUUUGUCGCUGCACUGGCUAUCGACCCAUCAUAGAAGGUUUCCGAACAUUCACGGAGGAAUGGGAGCAACAAAGAGCAGCCAACGGACUUCAGAAUGGUAGUUGUGGUAUGGGAGACAAGUGCUGCAAGAAUGGAGGAGCCAACAACCAAGGUUGCGGUCAGGUGAAUGGUUACACCAAUGGUUCUGACAUUGUCGAGGACAGUCUCUUCAACCCUGAGGAGUUUGUGCCGUAUGAUCCGAGCCAGGAGCCGAUAUUCCCUUCGGAGCUUCAGAUAUCUGGUGCUUUGGAUUCCCAGUUCUUGACUAUUCAAGGUCCCCGAGUGACAUGGUACAGGCCAACCAAGCUCAGCGAGCUGUUAGAGCUCAAGGCCAAGUUUCCAUCUGCCAAACUUGUGAAUGGCAAUACAGAAAUUGGAGUGGAGGUGAAGUUCAAGAACUGCCUGUACCCUGUGAUCAUACAACCGAGCUUGAUACCUGAGCUGACGCAGGUGCUCAGUACAGAGGAGGGUCUCAGAGUUGGGGCGUCCACCACACUUUCUGUUCUGGAGGACAAACUCAAGGACCUCAUUUCCUCACUUCCUGAAUAUCAGACACAGGUUUUUCAAGCCAUUGUGGAAAUGCUUCACUGGUUUGCAGGCAAACAGAUUCGUAAUGUUGCUGCAAUUGGAGGCAAUAUAAUGACUGGUAGUCCGAUCUCUGAUCUCAACCCAAUCUUCAUGGCUGCCAAAUGUCAGCUAGAACUCAUGAGUCAAGGAGGCAAACGUACCGUACUGUUGGAUGGUAAUUUCUGGACCGGUUACCGUAGAAACAUUGUCCAACCAGACGAGAUACUUCUGGCCAUCCACAUCCCUUACACAAAUCAGGACCAAUACUUUGCUGCCUACAAGCAGGCCAAACGUAGAGAUGAUGACAUAGCCAUUGUUAAUGCUGCAUUCAACCUGACUUUAGGCGACAAUAGCAGCGUGUCAGAAAUAGAGAUGGCAUUUGGUGGAAUGGCUCCUACCACUGUAAUGGCACCCAAGACUUCAGCAGCACUGCAGAAAUAG